CACACGUGAGUGUCUCCUGAUAUGACCGCCCCAAAGUUAAUGGAAUAAUCAAUAAAAGGGAAGUAACUCUAAUUGGCAGCUGUCUGACGGAACCAAGCACCUGGCUGUUUCGUGUCGAACUUCUGAGUGGUGUCUAAGAAAGGAACAUAAAAUGCCCAGUGACAAUGACCGACCAGUUGUCUUGGCCCGCCGUAUCGAAACAUUUAGUGCCUGCCAUAGAUUACACAAUCCCUGUCUUAGUGACGAAGUGAAUCAGAAGAUUUAUGGAAAAUGUAACCACAUUAAUGGUCAUGGACACAACUAUAAAGUGGAAGUGGCACUUAAAGGUCCAGUGGAUCCAGUGACAGGAAUGGUGAUCAAUAUAGUUGAUUUGAAACAAAUAAUCAAUAAAUGUGUCAUGGAUGUUUUGGACCAUAAAAACAUAGACAAAGAUGUUCCAUACUUUAAAUAUAAUCCCAGUACUGGUGAAAAUAUCGUUGUUUUUAUCUGGAACCAACUUUCUGAAGAACUGAAUCAACGUAAUCAAGCUGACCUUCUAUUUGAAAUAAAACUACACGAAACAGAGAAAAAUGUCUUCUCUUAUUAUGGAGAAAAAACGUCAUCAAAAUGAAGAUGACACAAUCAAAGGAGUUUAUUCUUAAAGAACGUUUUUGAACCUAAUUGGCUAUUCUUCAAAGGUCUGUGAGCAAUUCUAGUAACAUGGUUUGGUUGUUUAAUUCCUGUUAGUUUUAGAUAAACAAAAUAUUGAUCCAUUUUAGAAUAUUCUAUCGACUGUUGGUUGAAAAAUUGUGUUAUAUCAUUGACUAAACCACUAAACGUUUAAUUACGCAUUCCACUUUGUAAAUAGCUACUACAGCACAAGUUAUCUGACAAAAGUUAACUUGCAGUGUUGAGCUCUGUGCAGGAACAUUUGCCUGUUCUUUGCAUACUUUAUGGUGCCUCUUCUCCAGGUAUGUCAUGGAGUGAACUCUGGUACAAAAUAACACCUUUGGGUAAAUUGUAAAGAAUAAAUAGAAAUAUAAGUUGUUGCAGUGUGUAUUAUGUAUCCUUCAUCUGAUAAUGAGUGACGUUUGUGCUGUCAGUGUCUUAUCCUAUAGCUUUCUAAUUAGUAGACCAACAUUUUGAUAAUGAGUGAACCAUAAAAUUUGUUUGGUUUUCAUGGUUUUUAAAUAUAAUUUUAUUUUCAUGCAUCACUUAUCUCUGUUUCAUUAGCCUUAAAGGGUUAAAAGUAACGAAUCUGUUGAUAACAGAUUCGUUACUUUUAACCCUUUAAGGCUAACAUACAUAGGAUUAGAUUCAUAUUUCUUGGCUCACAAAUUAAUGAAACUGUAUGUGUGUGAGCGUAUAUAUAUAUAUAUAUAUAUAUAUACAUACAUACAUACACACACACAUACUCUGAUAUUACAGAUCUCUUUACACACCUUUAUAAAUAUCACUUCAAAUUUCUUCAACAUUAUCUCUUGUAAAUAUGAAUGAGUGUGAAAUCCUGUUUUCAAACAAAUAUAGG